GGCUCGUCCAGAGACACGUCAAAACGGCUGGCUGUGUAAUGACUUUACUUUUGCCGCCACGCGUUCCUGUCGCACUGACGGCGCGUAAAGACCGAAGGCAGGACGCGCAGCGCAAUUGGGAUAGAAACGCCGCUCUCCAACGUUCCAAGUUACUUUAACCUCUCCCCGUCUACAAUCUCCAAUGAAGAUUUUGCUUAUUCCGUCAAAAUACUAUCCGUGAGAAUUCGCUUUUUUAGCCAUGAGCUGCUUGGAUGUUAUGUAUCAAGUGUAUGGUCCACCACCUCAGCCUUAUUUUGCCGCAGCGUAUAGCCCAUAUCAUCACCAGAAAUUGGCAUUUUAUUCCAAAAUGCAAGAAGCGCAAGAGAGCAUCAGCGGGGGCAGCUCGUUCUCAAAUCUCCCUGGGCCGACGAUUAAGGAGGAAGACUGCGCGCGAGAGAAGGAUCACCCUCCGGAGGCCGAGUACCUGAACUCGCGAUGCGUGCUUUUCACCUACUUCCACGGGGACAUCAGCUCGGUGGUGGACGAGCACUUCAGCCGGGCCCUCAGCCAGCCAACCAGCUACGUCCACGGGUCGGCGAGCAACAAGUCUGCACGAGAUGGAUUAUUCCCGAUGAGCCAGAGGAGUUUCCCCCCAUCCUUCUGGAACAGUGCGUACCAGCCCUCGUCCCUGAGCAGUGCCUUAGGAUCCUCCUACUCAGACAUACCCUUCCCUGGGGACCCCUACUCCUCUGCCUCUCUACACAGCCACCUCCACCAGGCCACCCCAGAGCCCUGGCACCACUCACACCACCACCACCAUUCUUACUCACUCGGUGGGGCCAUCGGCACCCAGGGCUCCCCCUACCCUCGACCCAGCAUGCACGAAGUCUACGGCACGCACUUUGACCCCCGCUACAGUUCUCUGCUGGUGCCCUCUGUCCGGCCGCACCGACUCCCUCCAUCCACUGUCCCCGGACCCAGUGCCUCACCGUGUGACAUUGGGAAGAGCGAGUCAGUCAGCUCGGCCUGGACUGGGGCGUUCACAGGGGCAGACAUCAGCCAGAGCAUCGGCCUCAAUGUGGAUGCAGGUCUGCAGGUCCAGGAUAAGAGCAAGGACUUGUACUGGUUUUAAAGCUCUGCUGCCCUCCCAGGCCCGAGCUGGCCUCUGUGUUUCUCUGCACUGUAUGAUAUUGACAGACAUUUUCUGUAACAGAUUCUAAUCUCACUUGCAGCUCGACGCUACACCUUCAGUGGCGGAAACAUCCUCAGCUGAAAUGACUCGGAUACUCUCUGCUGGAAAUGCAGUGGACAAGGGGGAGAAUCUAAAACUCUCUCCUACUAAAGAGAAAGGAGGGGAGAAACCAUGCAGGACUUGCUGGACAGCUUGCCAGAAAUGCUCUGUGGUGUGACUGACAAAAUGUUAUCUGGCCAAGACUGAACACUUUCCUCCAAAGAGGACACUUGUUGAAAAAGAAAAAAAGAGUGAAACUGGAAAGUAAAAAAUUUGAUUUGACGAGAGCAUACUCAGACUGGAAAACACUAUUUGCUAUUGUGUUUUUUUAUAUAUAUAUAUAUAUGAAAGGAGAGGAGCAAGAGAAAGGAGCAUUCUCUAACAUGACUGAAGUGAGCAGCGGCUAUUUGAAGCCAUUUGACUCUGUCUUGCUCCCCAGCAGCUGUCAACGACAACUGUUUCAGUACUCAACGGACACACACAAUUGUAGUGUCACUGCACAGUUUUUGACCAGGGGCUCUGGUCUUCAUAAAUUGAGCAUUUUGUCAAAUCUGGACCUUGACCCACAGGGAACAACUGGUUUGACUGGUGAUUUUUGAGGUGCGGGGUGGACAGGAGGUAGCAGAAGUGGAUACGCACAACUGUGCUAUGUAUGUCUGUGUGCCAUAUCUGGGCAGUGCUACAGUAUAUGUGAUCUUUAUGUACUUAUUCCCCAUUGUUUUUCAGUCAUCCCAGGUAUAAGUCAACAUCAGUCAUUAUCCAUGGUAUAUUGUGAACAUAUUAAUAUAUUGACCUUUUAAAGUAUUUUUUCUUGAUCCAGUUGUAAUGUAAUGUCAAUGUGUUGUAUGCCUCAGCCUGUAAUUAUAAAGCAAUGGGACAAUGUGAUUAAAACUCAACUUUAGAGAUAAAAUGCGUAGUCUAUAGAAUACACAAUUUCAUAGACAGUUAAUUUGAAAACUAUCCUGUUUGAUGAUGUGAGUUCUGGUUAGUUUCGUCAAUGAUAUAAUGUGUACAAAAUAGAUAUCGUUCAGCCAUCUGCAAGCACAACUUAAAGGAAAAUGCCACCCCCAAACUUUUGGUAUUUGUUUCAUUAGUCCAUUGUUGACAAAUGUUUUACUUGUCAGCAAUCAAGUUCUCAAGAUAUUUAGCCUUCAAAAUACAGAAAUUAUCCCCUAUGAUGUAACUUGCAUCAUGUGAUGCUGUGUUUUGCAUCAUAUGACAACAAUGGACUAAUGAAACAAAUACCAAAAGAUAGUUUUGGGGUGGACUUUUCCUUUAGGUGUUCAAUUUUGACCUUCCACUACCUAAUGCAAUGUCAGUGUACUGGGGUUUGCAUUAACCUGAAAUCAUUCUCUUGUAGAUGCUGAUGCUUCAACUUGUCAAUGUAAAGACAUAUUUCUAAAGAGCAUUCAAUACCGAACACCAGCAGAAAGUCUUAAGAAGUAUUUGUACAGAAUAGUAUUUGACCUUGUCUGGAAGAAUACUAUUCAAGAACAUUCAACUAAGCUGUUCUUGAGAAGAGCUACUUUAUUAAGGAAAAAUGGACUGUGAUUGUGAUAUGUGGUUGUCCCACCUAGCUAUCUUAAGAUGAAUGCUCCAACUGUGCGUCACUAAAUAAGAGUGUCCGCUAAAUGACUCAAAUGUUCAAAUGUAAGAGGCCAGGGGAUAUUUCUUUCACUAUAUUCAAUACCGUCUCUAUUUUCUCCAAGGACAUACUUUUCUCCUCGAAGACAUUCAAAAGGCUACAUACAAACAGGCCACAAUUAACACAGAACUUAAUGAUCGGAGGGAGAAAAAGCAAUGGAACGGUCAUAAGAAUCAGGGGGCUGAAAAGGACAUCGGGGAAAGAAAAGACCAUUUCAACAAAUUCAAACAAAAAUAAUGUGAGGCUGCCGUCAUGUGUUCCCUUUCUUGGUUGUGUUUCAGUUUAGCACAGGACAGCUGUAGAUUAAUAUCAGCUUCUGGCAAAAGUGAUGAAUGACAAGAGAGAGGUGGAGGGUCUCUCACUCCCUGGAGAACCCCCAACAAAGGAAUAUUCUCAGAGACAUUUUUGUUUUUAGCAGUUAAUGGGGAUGACGUGCAAUUGGCAGGUAAAAUAGGCUACAUGGAGUGUUUGGGUGAAUUAAUUACUGCAUCUAGGCUAAGUGGAAAAUUAUUCAGCGACAUCGUGGGUAAAAACAAUUGCUUGUUUAAAUGGGAUAUAUAGCCUAUGAAAAAAAGGGCAUAGCAUAAUAGAUUGUUGUGUAGGCAAUAACAGACCAAUGUUUUGUUUGAGUGUGCCACCCAGAACUGUUCAUAUGGAAAACGUGAGUCUUGUUCCCAUGCCGUCGGCACCACGUAUCUGACUCGGACCUGUUGCAAAGCGUGUGAGCAGGCUGGUCCUCGGAACAUGCGACGGGACACUCGAUAGCCUUUCGUGUCCCUAUUAGGUAUAUUUGUGAGGUUAACGCAUAAACUGAAGGCAAGAACUCAGAAAUUGUUGGUUGCUAUAGAGAUCGAGCGGAGCUGUCAUUAACAUUCUCCUAAAAACACCAUUUAUGGAGUGUGUAAUCUGGCUCCAGUUGUCACUGUGCGUGACCUUCAGCCUCUGACGGACAAUGAGCUACCACGGAGUUACCGCAAGUCAGCACAAAGACAACAGGAGCACUGCCUCCGCUAUUCCAGCACCAUCUCAACUCAAGCAUUUAAACAUCAAAUCAGCAAAGCUGUAUAUGCUUAGUUUAUUACACUGAAAACAAAGAUACCAAAAACAAUUUCAUCCAAUCAAUUUUGCUAAAUAUGAUGUCCAUGGUACUUAUUUCUGUCUGUGUAUGUCUGUGUGCGUGCCCAAGUUUAAAAAAAGAAAAGUUGACUCAUACUACUUGUAGACUGGUUGAAUGCCAAUCCCAUCAUCCUCUCUUUCAAGUGGGAAAAACGGUCUAUGGCUCUGUCAUACAGUAUGCUUGUAGAUUUCAUAGGCUACCUAGCUAAAAUGUUUGCUAGCCUAACUACCCUCGCAUAGUCAAAAAUGAACCAGCUAAGUUAGCUAGCUAGUUAAUGUGAGCCUACUUGACUACAUAAUGAACUUCAAUCGUCUCAGGCCAGUGACAAAAUAUAUUAAUUUAUGGUUAGAUCAGAAUUGCCAUCAUAAUCAUUGGCCUGUACAGAGAAUUUAGUCAAAACCACCAGUCCAAAUCCCCAUCUCCACCCAUGGCUUAGGAAAAGCAACAAUUUAGCAAGCUAGCUACUGCAGGACAUCAACACAAGCAGACCAGAAACAGACACGUUUUUCUGACAAUGAAGAUGUUUAGCUUAGGAUGUGAUUUGAUUGGUGUGAAGUCAAAUCCGAACUGGCCUCCCUUGGGAGGCAUUGGAGGUGCCGGUACUCAACUCCGGUGAGCUCCUGCCCAAGUCAAGCACUGUCUAUCACAGAGCCUCAGCUUCACCAUCACACGCACUGCCAUGCUCGCAUUGCCACAGUCAGUUCUCUCUUUGCAGCGCCAGCGUUCCAGAUUAAUGUUAAUCAAGUCACGUUCAGCCUUGGGUAGAGUUUAUGGCUCGGUCUCUCCCCAAACUCAAGACAGGAUCACUUACAUGUACCACCUGAGAUACUGGUAAUGUGCUACGUUAUAGCAUGUCAUCUCUUCAGCCUCUGUUUCUUUCUUUGUCUUUCUUCAUGGUUCAGGAAUCCAUCAAAUAAAGGUGAAAUAAAUAAAAAAUUGAUGGACGAGCUGCUGUCAACGGUUCAAAUGAAUUCAUGGAGGGUGUUUAUGAAAGAAAGGAAAAAUCAAUCAUGGACCUCUGUAAAUGCACUGAUGGUCAACCAUAUGAAUUAGUGGGCCGUUGAAAAG